UCGAGGGCAGGUGGCUGUGGUGCUGGUGGCAUUUUGUAGUUGGCUGUGACAGAGUGUGUGCAUCUGAUUACCUGCUGGAAAUACUUUGAAGUAUCAACAAUGACCUUGAUGUUAACAUUAUUUCUUUGCGGAGUAGUUGCCUGUUGGGCUAACUCUACUGGUGAUUCCAUAUCCAGGUUACUCCUCGUGUCCUUUGAUGGCUUCAGGGCUGAUUACUUGGAAACCUAUCAACUUCCUCAUCUUCAGGCAUUCAUUGAGGAUGGUGUGCUUGUAAAACACGUUACAAAUUCUUUUAUCACCAAGACUUUCCCAAACCAUUACACCAUAGUGACGGGUUUACAUGAAGAAAGCCAUGGCAUCGUGGCUAAUGACAUGUAUGAUGCAGAUGCCAAGAAAAAGUUCUCACAGUUCAAUGAUUCAGAUCCCUUCUGGUGGAAUGAGGCAGUUCCCAUUUGGGUAACAAAUCAACAGCAGGGAAAUGGAACAAGUGCUGCUGCAAUGUGGCCCGGUACCGAUGUAAAAAUUAACAAUAUGACCCCGGAAUUCUUUAUGAAGUAUAACUUUUCAGUAUCGUUUGAGGAGCGAGUGGAGAAGAUCGUUGCGUGGCUGAACAGCUCUGAUCCAGUAGUCAGUUUUGCUACGUUAUACUGGGAAGAACCAGAUGCAAGUGGGCACAAGUAUGGACCACAUGACACUACGAACAUGCGCAGAGUAUUAGAAGAAGUGGAUAAUCAUAUUGGUUUCCUUACUAAUAAAUUGAAGGCAUUAGGUUUGUGGGACACUAUUAACAUCAUCAUAACAAGUGAUCAUGGAAUGGCCUCCUGUUCUGAAAAGAAGCUGAUUAUCCUGGAUGGCUGCAUUGGUCGCAAUAACUAUACUCUGAUAGACAAGACUCCAGUUGCUGCUGUGCUGCCAAGGCAGAACAAAAGAGAUGUGUAUAACUUACUGAAAAAAUGCAGCAAUCACAUGAAAGUAUAUCUGAAAGAAGAAAUUCCAGACAGAUUUCAUUAUCGUCAUAAUAAGAGAAUUCAGCCCAUCAUUCUGGUUGCAGACGAAGGCUGGACAAUUGUACAAAACGAAUCACUUCCAAAAUUAGGUGACCAUGGCUAUGACAACACUCUCCCAAGCAUGCAUCCGUUCCUGGCUGCUCGUGGGCCUGCUUUUCACCGGGGUUACAAGCACAGCACGAUAAACAACGUCGAUAUUUACCCCAUGAUGUGCCACAUCCUGGGACUGACACCACGGCCGCACAAUGGCACUUUCAGUAACACCAAGUGCUUGCUCGCUGACCAGUGGUGCAUAAAUCUUCCGGAAGCUAUUGGGAUAGUUAUUGGGGCUUUUAUGGUCCUGACUACUUUCACCUGCAUUAUAGUAAUAACAAAGAACAGAGUAGCUCCCCCACGGCCUUUUUCCCGACUUCAGUUACAAUAUGACGAUGACGAUCCUUUAAUUGGAUAG